UGUGAUUCUUCCAACCACGAUCCAAGUUCUCACCGCCGGCGCCUGCUCUCUCCGCCACCGCCACCGCCACCGCCACUACCGGCGCCUCUUGUGCAGGUGUCACAAAGCCUCUCCAAGCUCUCACCUUCACCUUCGCUCCUUGUGACCCCACAUUCACUUCCAUAACUCCCCUUUAACCCUAAUUUCAACUGUGUCCUAUAUGCUCUGGAAACCAGAUUGUUCCAGCGGCGAUGUCGAAGCUGUUCUCCAAGUUCUUGGGCGUUUUCCGCUAUCGCAACCUUGUUGGUGUGGACAAGGCUGGAAAUCGCUACUUCACUCGAACGGAAAAGUUGGACGGAGUCGUGAAGGAAAAAAGAUGGGUGAUAUUCAAAGGCGAGGAGGACCCCACAUCAAUUCCAGUUGAGUGGAUAUGCUGGCUAAAUGGGCAAAGGAAGAAAGCUCCAACUCCACAGGAAAUGAUUGAGCUGGAGGCCAGGCGUGAGCGAGUUAAACUGAACGCUGCAUUGCUGAAAAAGGAAGAGGAGAUGAAGUCCACUUCUAGCAGGCCAAAACCCCAGAGCAUUGGCAAAGUUGAGUCUCCAGAUCUUGAAAGUUUUAUUCAGCAGUUUCGAAGAGGUUCCAUUGAUCAUGACAAAGGUAUGGCACAUGAUGAUGUGGCUGACAUAGUUGAUGGUAACAAAGAUGACAAAGACAAAGAAAGGUUGCCUCCAAGAAAAGUACAAUAUCCAGAGGUUGACCUCCUAUUAACAAGAGAUCCAGCGUAAUCAGCAUCUGUAUACGCCUCAAGAGUCUUCGGAGCCAACUGGAUCCGGUGAAUCUUUUAAACCGGGAACUUGGCAACCGCCAAUGUAGUAGUAGUAGUUCAGGUGAUACCAAUUUGUAUUUUGAAAUAAAUUAAAUUCAGUAAGAAUUACUGAGCUGCCAAUGGGAGAGAUUGAUGAUCAUGUCUUUGUUGUAUUAUUCUUUUCCCUAUUUUCCGUGUCAUUUAGAUGUCUUUUAGCAUACCAUAGUCACCUUGCAGCUUUUCAUCCGUUGGAGAUUCUCAGUUAGGAGAUUAGCUUCUACUGGUUAAAUUUUGAGAUUCAAAUCAAAAUGACAGGAUUAAUUGUCAAAAGGUUGAUGACUGUUGGUUUCUAAAUUGUGAAACCUUUCUUUAGUAUACAUUCGACAUUCUUUUAAAUCUUCGGCAACUGUAUAAUGAAAUGUGAUAACUCAUUCCGGUUUUUGGCAU